UUACAUAGGUCAAACCAGGUCCAGUUCUACUAUUGGUCCUGUACGGUCUGCGCUAGGUUCUCUCGCUCCUUGUUCAUCUCUUUUACUAGUUUUCCUGGCGAGCAGUAACUCUAGGAACUAGGAAGUGGAGAAACCUGAUUUGUUCAAGAGCGAUUUUAAGUAAAAGUAUCCACUUCCAGUAUGAACUAAUGCGAGUGGGUUGGUGAGUUGAGAUUUAAGAAACCCCCUUCUUAACUUCUCCUCUUCUAGUUCUUACAUUUUCCCGACUUCAUCUUCGUUGAGAAUCGCUGCGAAUUGGAAAUUUUGCAAGAAUUCAUUGAUUCUGCAACAACCAGAAAAGCCUUGGAUCUUAAUCUCAAUGUGUAUCUGAUUCUGAUCCGAUCUGAGUUCCUACAAUGGGACAUCUGAAUUUGCCUCCUUCGAAACGGAAUGUUCGGCAAUGGAGGCUCCUCGAUCUGGUCUCUGCUGCUUUCUUCGGUGCUGUUUUCGUCUUCUUCCUACUUGUAUUUACGCCACUCGGUGACUCCCUUGCUGCUUCGGGACGACAGGCGCUUGUGCACUCUACAGGUGAUCCCCGUCAGAGACAGAAGCUGGUAGCCUUAGUUGAGUCUGGGCAUCAGCAGACUAUCGAGGCUUGCCCUUCUGAGGCGGUCGAUCACAUGCCUUGUGAGGAUCCCAGGAGGAAUAGCCAACUUAGCCGAGAGAUGAAUUUCUACCGAGAGCGACAGUGCCCCUUGCCGGAGGAGACUCCACUCUGCUCGAUACCUCCGCCCGCCGGCUACCGGAUCCCUGUCCAGUGGCCAGACAGCUUACACAAGAUAUGGCACAGCAACAUGCCACACAAUAAAAUUGCCGAUAGGAAGGGCCACCAGGGCUGGAUGAAAGAAGACGGUCCAUACUUUGUUUUUCCAGGUGGUGGAACAAUGUUUCCUGAUGGGGCCAUUCAAUACAUUGAGAAACUUGGGCAGUACAUUCCUAUAAGUGGAGGAGUUUUGAGGACAGCCCUAGAUAUGGGAUGUGGGGUUGCAAGCUUUGGGGGUUACCUUCUUAAGGAAGAUAUUUUAACCCUCUCAUUUGCUCCAAGAGAUUCACAUAAAUCACAAAUACAGUUUGCUUUAGAAAGGGGAAUCCCAGCAUUUGUUCUAAUGCUUGGUACUCGUAGAUUGCCUUUUCCUGCACAUUCCUUUGAUUUGAUGCAUUGCUCUCGUUGUUUGAUUCCAUUUACUGCCUACAAUGGGACAUAUUUUAUGGAAGUGGAUCGGCUGCUUCGACCAGGUGGAUAUUUUGUUGUCUCUGGUCCCCCUGUACAGUGGCCUAAACAAGAUAAAGAAUGGGCGGACCUGCAGGCCCUAGCAAGAGCAUUAUGUUAUGAGUUAAUUGUAGUAGACGGGAAUACAGUCAUCUGGAAAAAGCCUUCAACUGAUUCAUGUGUCCCAAUCCAAAAUGAAUUUGGGCUUGAAUUUUGUGAUGACUCAGAUGACCCAAGCUAUGCAUGGUAUUUCAAACUGAAGAAUUGUGUAAGUAAGAUGGCCUCCCUCAAGGGCAAACAUGCUGUUGGAUCCAUUCCCAACUGGCCAGAUAGGCUAACUAAGCCUCCUUCAAGGGCUAAAUUAAUGAAAAAUGGGAAUGAAGUGUUUGAGGCUGAUACACGACGUUGGGCAAGAAGGGUUGCAUACUACAAGAAAUCACUCAACUUGAAGAUGGGGACCCCAGCUGUACGCAAUGUUAUGGAUAUGAAUGCCCUUUUUGGGGGUCUUGCAGCAGCAUUAUUGUCUGAUCCAGUAUGGGUGAUGAAUGUUGUUCCUCCUCGCAAGUCAUCAACUUUGGGUGUGAUUUAUGAUAGAGGAUUAAUUGGUGUGUACCAUGAUUGGUGUGAGCCUUUUUCAACAUAUCCUCGAACUUAUGAUUUCAUACAUGUAGCCAAUAUCGACUCACUUAUAAGACAUGCUGGUUCCAGCAAAAACAGGUGUAAUCUUGUUGAUCUAAUGGUGGAGAUGGACCGGAUUUUGCGCCCAGAAGGAACAGUUCUUGUUCGAGAUUCCCCUGAAGUCGUUGACAAGGUGGCUCGCAUUGCACGUGUAGUAAGAUGGAGAACCACUAUUCAUGAACCAGAACCAGAAUCGACAGGAAGGGAGAAGAUUCUUGUGGCAACCAAGAUACUAUGGAAGCUACCUUCAGCCUCCCACUAAGACAGCCUCUUAAUCUACAGUGUAGGAGUAUCUUUCUUUCUUAAAAUGAAAAGAGGAAAAUCUCCCUUCUGGGAGUCCAAGAAGUUAAUGUCAUGCAUUAAAGAAAAUGCAGCCAUCUUUUUUUUUUUUUGGUUUAUUUCUGUAUGAGAUGGACGGGGGGAAGAAGAAUUGAAGUUGUGAGAUGUUAGGGGGUGAAGGAUUCAAAUGAAGGCUGUUGAUACUGUCAGAUGGUUUUUUAUUUGUUACAAGGGUGACUUAGUUUUGGAAUCCAUUGUAAAAUAGUUUUAUUUGUCCAACAACAAUCAAUGAUACAAUGGCUAAAUAUAUCCUUUCUCCCCAUUCACAAUA